ACUUUUAAAGACUACAUAGCCUGGUAAUGGUCGUAAUCGGCAGCCUACAGUUUCUGCAGAAACUUCUGCUCGGGAAAGCGUACUUAUCAAUGAUACUCGCCCUACUUGCCGUUGAUUUGUAUUGUACUGUAUUGUUCUUCGAGAAAAUUCGUCAAAGCAUUUUGGCUGUUCACAUACUUAUUGGAAUAGUCGUUCUACUGCUCUCCGUAACCCAAUGUUGUAUUUACAAGCAGCUGAAUCACCUAAUAAUUUUCAUAACUUUCAAUGCAACGUUGGCAUUAUCUGUCUUCAUCAUAUUUGUAGCGGCCAUUCUCAAAGGAUUGAAUGGCGAAGGGUUGUUGGUGUUCACUCUGCUGAUAGUUUUCAUUGGGUUCAUAGGAAUUCUUUCCUUUUUGUUAAACCGUUUGGCUUAUCCAUACAAUGAAAUCUUCAGCAUCAUUUGCCUUGGCGCCUGUGCAGUGUUAGCUGGAUUUCCUCGUUGAAGUACUAGUCAACAAGGCCACGUCAUCUAUUGCAGAUAAUUGAGGUUGUCAUACCAGAUCUGGAAGAUGUAUUAUCAGAUUAAACUACCUCUUGCUCCUCUGAAGCAAGAAACGUUAUCCAUUAUUGUGUAAAUUUAAUAUUUUGUGCCACAUAACAAUAACUAACAAAGAUAAACGAAGAUUCUAAUAAAAGACAUUAUCAGUUCAAUAUUGUUUCAGUAAUACCAUAAAUGAAAUGAUGAAUGUAUCAUGUAAACCUCUUAGACACAUGUGCUUUCUUUGGUCAACAAAAGCCAUCAUUAUUAGCUGGAAAGGUAUGAAAUUUGUACAAAACAGAGAUUUCCGACCAUAACUCCUACUCUUUCAUGCCACUCAAUAUGUGUUAGGUCCUAGAUACUGUAAUACGUUACGUAUUCUGUUUGUGAAUUUUAUCCUAAAUACAUGC